AUGGGAGAAAAAUUUGUAAUUUUGUCCUCCUUUGUUUACUCCCAAACGAAGGGAGGGCAAGUACUUCGUGCACCUCCCCGACGGCCGCGUCCAGACCGUCACUUACUACGCCGACGAGACUGGCUACCACCCCACCGUCUCCUACGAGGGGACGGCCCACUACGACGCCCACGCAGCCGCCCCUCACCACGCCCCUGCCAAGGCUUACCACGCCCCAAGCCAACAUACCACGCCCCUGAACCAGCAUAUCACGCCCCUGAGCCUGCAUAUCAUGCCCCUGAACCAACCAUAUCACGCCCCUGGACCGAGACCAAGCCCCCAGCAUACAACACCCUUAAACCAGUAUACCAGAACCCUGGACUAAAACACAGGGCCUUUAUACCAACACACGCCCCUGGACAAGCAUACGAAGACCCCAAACCAACAUACAACGCCCCCAAACUAAAUCACAAAACCCCUCGACCAAUCCACCACGUCCCUGAGCCAACGUACAAGACCCCUGAACCGGCUUAUCACGCCCCUGAACCAACAUUCGAAGCCCUUGAGCGAGUUUAUCACGAUCUUGAACCAGCAUACACGACUCCCAAGCCAGUUUACCGCGCUCCUGAACCCUCAUACACGACCCCUAAGCCAGUUUACCACGCUCCCGAACCCUCAUACACGACCCCCAAGCCGGUUUACCGCGCUCCCGAACCCUCAUACACGCCCCUAAGCCAGUUUACCAAGCCCUGGAUAUCAAUACCACACGCUCAGCCAUCAUAUACAACGCCCAAGCCAACUUAUUACGCCCCUGAGCCGUUAUACCGCACCCCAGCAGCAAGCCAAGGCACCCACGCAGACGCACCCCAUCCCCUUGCUUUGGCCUCUGACCUCCAAGUGACCUCGCAGCCUCGCCACCCGACUUCUCUCGACCUCCCGAUCUCCGACUGCAGCGCCACCGACCCGACCGCCACCGAAUCACCGAAUCUCUUCCCCGACGUCCUUCCCCGAGCAGACCCUCGCCGUACCGCUCUCUGGUCUGCGCGGUCGACACUCCGCCGCCCCUCUGGUCCAUGACCUCCUCUCGACCUCUGGCAUCGACUUCGACGCCGAUGACCUCAGCGGACCAGGUCCCAGACCGCUGGCUAUGAGGUCAAACGGGCACUUCGACGCAACGACCGCUGCUUUUGACCUGAGCCAAACUCUUUUCCGAAAUGCUGUGGAUUCAUGGCCAGAACUGCGACCUUGAGAGUGGAAAGGAAAAGAGUAACUGGCAACUCUCCUCGCUUUCUAGAGCACGCCGAUUUGCCGUUUCUUUCUGUUUAUUUAUUUAUUUAUCAAUAUUCUAACUAGAGUGACACUUAAUACUUAUAUAUACACAUGUGUU